AUGAGCUUCGACCCCGGUUCUCUUCCAUAUGUCAACCCCAAAAAGGACCGCCGGAUCGCCCUAAUAACUGCCGGGAAUUCCGGAAUAGGGUACUUCACCGUGCUCCACCUAUAUCUUCAUGGGUACGUCGUCUACAUCGCUGGCCGGUCCAAGACGAGAUGCAAGAAAUCCAUGGACAAUUUGACAAAGGAGGCUCGGUACGCUGCAGCCCGGUAUUCACGGGCCGAAAGACCCCACCGAUUCUUUGGCGAGCUACAUUUCCUCGAGAUGGAUCUCUCGAGUCUAUCUUCGGUGCUUGGUGCAGUUGCAUACUUCAAGAGCUCAGAGAAGAGUCUCAAUUUGCUCAUCAACAACGCUGGGAAUUCGUUUCUGCCCUACACGGUGACUCCCGAUGGCUUUGAGCUCCAGCUCCAGACCAACUACGUCGCCCCAUUUCUCCUAACCACAAAACUCCUUCCGACCAUGGAGCGAACGGUGGACCUAUGUCCCGACGCAGGCCCGCCCCGGAUCGUGUAUAUCACCUCAGUAACGCACCGGUUCGUUCUCCGAUACUUCAAUUUGAGCACACGCUUUCAUUACAAGCCGAAUGCGCUUUUCACAUGGAUCCGCUACGCGAUAGCCAAAACAGCAGGAAUACAUUUCAUGAAGAUGCUAGCACUACGAAACCCACGUCUUAUUUGCACAUCCGUCCAGCCGGGAAUAGUGAUGAGCACCGACUAUUUCGCAUACUGGACCCGUCUUCCGAUUAUCGGCAGUUUGUUUUGGUGCUUGUUCCAGAUAUUUUCCUUUAUCUUUGGCGCAAGUAUUGAGAAGGGGGCACAGGCAGUGUUUAACUGCUGCGUUGAUCCCACACUCACCCCAAAGGCCAACAGCGGCUCCCACUUUGAUUUGUUUCACGAGACUCAGCCAGCAAAGGUGGCCAACAACAUGGACUAUGCGGCCCAGUCCUGGAUCUGGACCAUCCAUCAGUUGGAGAAGCGGAAUAUUGAUUUUGCCUAG